CACAUUAAACAAGACUCCGUACAAGACAAGGCUCGAUUUAUAUUUACGAAUAUUAUUAAUGUUCUGACGGCCUGUCUGAUUACACAGAGACAAAGAUGUGGGGAUUACCAAAGACUAGGUAUGCGAACUGUAACGCCUCAGACUCCAGCGAAGAGACAGAGAUUUUUGUGAACAUAGGCGGAAUGAGGCACGUUCUGCACGGUAAUGUGCUAAACCGCUAUCCGGAGACCCGGCUCGCAGAGCUGGUGAACUGCGCCUCGCAGAACUUUGAUGUUAUUUCCUCCCUUUGCGACGAUUACGACCCCGGGAAAGGCGAAUUUUACUUCGACAGGGACCCAGACGCGUUUAAAUGUAUAAUUGAAGUGUAUUACUUUGGUGAGAUACACAUGAAGCGGGGUAUCUGUCCCAUUUGCUUCAUCAAGGAGAUGGAAUUCUGGAAAAUUGACACAAGUUUCUUGGACGAGUGUUGUAAGAGUAACCUGAAUGAAAAGGAGGAAGAGUUGGCAGAAAUAGCAGACAAAGUAAAGCUUAUUCUUGACGAUAUGGAAGGGGACCCCGCUGCCGACCGCUGGGAGCGGUGCCAAAAGUUCCUGUGGAAGUUGAUGGAGAAGCCAGAAUCGUCCCUGCCAGCCCGCGCUAUCGCCAUCGUGUCCUUCCUCUUCAUCCUCAUCUCGUCCGUAGUGAUGUGCGUGGGAACCAUUCCGGACCUGCAAGUCGAGGAUGCCGAAGGGAACCCGGUGGAGCACCCGACACUGGAUGCCAUUGAAACCGCUUGCAUCGGCUGGUUCACCGUGGAGUACUUGUUGCGCCUGAUCUCCUCCCCAAACAAAGUGCACUUCGCCUUGUCCUUCAUGAACAUCAUUGACUUUUUGGCUAUCAUGCCUUUCUACGUGGUGCUAGUCCUAACGUACCUGGGAACGGCUGUGAUGGAGCUGGCCAACGUGCAGCAAGCAGUACAGGCGCUGCGCAUAAUGCGCAUUGCCCGCAUCUUCAAGCUGGCGCGGCACUCCUCCGGGCUGCAAACUCUCACCUAUGCGCUAAAGAGGAGCUUCAAGGAGCUGGGUCUGCUACUUAUGUACAUGGGCGUAGGUAUCUUCGUGUUUUCGGCACUGGGCUACACUAUGGAGCAGAGCCAUCCUGAAACCUUGUUUAAGAGCAUCCCACAGUCCUUCUGGUGGGCUAUCAUCACUAUGACAACAGUUGGGUAUGGCGACAUAUACCCCAAAACCACUCUAGGCCGAUGUAAUGCUGCUAUAAGCUUCCUUUGCGGAGUCAUUGCCAUUGCACUGCCGAUCCACCCCAUCAUCAACAACUUUGUCAUCUACUACAACAAGCAAAAAGUGCUCGAGACCGCUGCCAAGCACGAGCUGGAGCUGAUGGAGCUGCAGUCAAACGAGGGUGCUGCACGGAAGGCGUCUCGAAAGUCGCGAAAGUCCAGCGGCAGUGGGGGCGUAUGGGACAACACCAUGCGCACCUCGCGCAGUGACACUUACAUCCCACUGCUAGCAGACUUACACAGAACGCGGCAGCAGAGUUGUAAAUAAGGACAAUCACAAUAGACGUUUAACAUUGCUACUGCUAAUUGGUGUGCCAUCAAAGACAUUCAAGCUGCUUUCUCUGUCCAUGCUGCGCCAAAAUUGCAUUCAGGCAUCGCUUGCUGUGCCAUUAAAUUUCAU